CCCUAUUCAAUCUACCGAAGAGGAACGAAUCGUGUGAUUGUGUUGAAACACUUAUUUUUUCUCGGCAAAUCUGAGACUGCAUCAUCUGGAAGGGCUACCUAAACAACGAUAUACCUAUAAUAUGAGUGCCGUCGAUAACAUUGACAAUACCACCAGUGAUCUGGAUAGCGAUGUCGAUGAGUACAGCACAAAUGAUGAUCGACCAAUAAAUGAGCAAAAUGGAGUUGAGAAAUUUAGUAAUGACCUAGGCCACGCAACGACUGAGAAGUCAAAUAGUGCAUCAACCAGUAGGACCGAGAUUAAUGAUCGUAACCACAGUGGAAAUAAUGAUAAUACCAUGCAAGUAGAUGCAAGCAUGAAGAUGAUACUUGAGAAGCUCACUCCAUACCUGCAAACUGCAGAAGACAAAACAGUGCUUUUAGAAAGACUCUUCACCUUAGGUAUUAAAACUCUGUCAGACCUAAAAUUCGUCACAAAUAUGGAGAAAGAUUUUUCUGGGGUAAUAAAACCCAUUCAAUGUCGCCGUCUGGAAGCUGAACUGUUAAAAGAGGAUGCAGAUUCGAGUGAAUCUGGCACUCAGAAUGUAUCUAUGUGCCGAGUUAUUGAUGCAAACAAGCUUUUCUCAAAACAGUUUAUGGAAAAAUUAACAGGAUCACAGAGAUUAAGCAAUUCUGAUCGACUAAAAUUUGUUAGGAGAGUUGGGGACGAAGUAUAUGAUAAUAUGCGGUAUCUCCUAUGA